ACUCGAGUUUUACGCAUAGAGGAAGUAUCUACUAGCGGUGGUGAACAGAAUUAAGUAAUUAUCUAAACUUCAUUUUUGCAGUCUACCUUCUUGUCGAAGUUGGACAAUGUUGGGUGCUGUAGCAAGAGCAAGUUCCAGCCUUUUGGUUGGAAAAACCAUUGAAAAAGUUGGUUCUGAAUCCUUAAAAGUAGUUUCUUCAUACAAUCUUCAAAAACGAGAUUUUGCUGCAAAAGCUGCCGCAGCAGCUGGAAAGACACAAGGAAAAGUAGUAGCUGUCAUCGGGGCCGUCGUCGAUGUUCAAUUUGACGAAGAAUUACCACCAAUUCUAAAUGCAUUGGAAGUCCAGAAUCGUUCACCAAGGCUGGUCCUUGAGGUUGCUCAGCACUUGGGAGAAAAUACUGUACGUACGAUCGCUAUGGAUGGUACUGAAGGUAUCGUCCGUGGCCAACAAGUAAAUGACACCGGUUACCCCAUUCGUAUUCCCGUUGGUGAAGCUACUCUAGGUCGUAUCAUGAAUGUAAUUGGGGAACCAAUUGAUGAAAGGGGUCCAAUUGAGACUGAUAAAAGAGCUUCCAUUCAUGCCGAAGCGCCCGAAUUCGUCGAUAUGAGUGUUGAACAAGAAAUUUUGGUAACUGGUAUUAAGGUAGUAGAUCUUUUGGCUCCUUAUGCCAAGGGUGGAAAAAUUGGUUUGUUUGGUGGUGCCGGUGUAGGUAAAACUGUAUUAAUUAUGGAACUUAUCAACAACGUAGCUAAAGCUCAUGGUGGUUAUUCAGUAUUUGCGGGAGUAGGAGAACGUACCCGUGAGGGUAACGAUUUGUACCAUGAAAUGAUAGAAUCUGGAGUAAUCUCCUUAAAAGACAAAACCUCCAAAGUAGCUCUUGUCUACGGACAGAUGAAUGAACCACCAGGCGCCCGUGCUCGUGUCGCUUUGACUGGAUUAACUGUAGCUGAAUAUUUCCGUGAUCAAGAAGGACAAGAUGUAUUGCUCUUUAUUGACAACAUUUUCAGAUUUACUCAAGCCGGUUCUGAAGUAUCUGCAUUGUUGGGUCGUAUCCCAUCAGCUGUAGGUUACCAACCAACCUUGGCCACUGAUAUGGGUAGUAUGCAGGAACGUAUCACCACCACUAAAAAGGGUUCCAUUACAUCAGUACAGGCUAUUUAUGUACCUGCUGAUGACUUGACAGAUCCUGCCCCUGCAACCACUUUCGCUCACUUGGACGCUACUACUGUAUUGUCCCGUGCUAUUGCUGAAUUGGGUAUCUAUCCUGCUGUGGAUCCAUUGGAUUCUACAUCUCGUAUUAUGGACCCCAACAUCAUUGGAGCUGAUCACUACAAAGUAGCCCGUGAUGUACAAAAGAUUUUGCAAGAUUACAAAUCUUUACAGGAUAUUAUUGCUAUCUUGGGUAUGGAUGAAUUGUCUGAAGAUGACAAACUUACUGUAUCUCGUGCCAGAAAGAUUCAACGUUUCCUCUCACAACCUUUCCAAGUAGCUGAGGUAUUCACUGGUCACGCUGGAAAACUUGUACCUCUUGAAGAAACCAUUAAGGGUUUCCAAAAGAUCCUUGCUGGUGAAUUGGAUCACUUACCAGAAGUAGCAUUCUACAUGGUCGGUCCAAUUGAAGAAGUUGUACAAAAAGCAGAAAAAUUAGCUGAAUCUACAUAAAAGCCAUUAUAUUAAUUGUAUAUUUAUUUUACAAUCAAGUUCCAUCAACACAGAGAAGAAAUAGAUUUUAAAAAGCACAUUCUAUCAUCGAUUACUCAGAUUUUUUUUAUAUAUCGAGAAUUUAUGUUUGUUUAUUCCUCCUACGUCAGCCAAUGAGGUAUAUUGUUGUAAUUUUUAAUUAUUAAAUAAACAAAAUAGUCGUAAAAAU